CAUUAUGCGACGAUGUGUACAUUUCGGGCAGCAAAAUAUUAUAUAUAUAUAUUUUUCGUUAUUUUAUUUCCAAUUCAAUUAUUAUUUUUCAAAUUUUAGGUGAACUUUUACCUGAAAAGUUCAUUUGUAGCUCUUUAAAAAGCUAAACAACCCUCCGUAUUGGCCAAGUGUUUCCAUGGCAACAUCAACACGUCUGCAUCAGCUCAAUGGAGUUUACAGGUAGCAGUUACAGAGGAACAUAUAAAAAUGGAAGGAUGGAGGGCAGAGGAGAGUACACACUCCCCACACAUACCACAUAUGAGGGAGAGAUGAAGGAUGGCAUGUUUCAUGGAAAAGGAGUCUUGCACUUUCCUAAUGGAGGGAAAUAUGAAGGAGUCUGGGAAAAUGGGAUAUGCAAAGAGGGUCACUACACGUUCUCUGAUGGACUGAAGUAUGAAGAGACAGACUGGGAUUACUGUGACGGCUACGAUCGACGUUUCUACACCGAGAGAUGUCACGGACUCAAACCUGCAGGAGAAUCUCAGCUGACCAACGCCGACCCUCCUCCCGACAUUCCUGAUGGCUGCUACGACUGUGGAGACGGAUUCUACGAUCCCAACACCAGAGUCGUCACGGAUUACACGGGCUGCUUUCUCAGGAACGCUGAUGAUUGCGAGCACGAGUGGAUCACACGGACGUGCCGGAAAGCCUGGGAUGAGUUUGUGGGAAGUGAUCCCGGGAACAGCAGGAUGUGAUUCUGAGUGAAUCGACUAGACAGUUCGAUCGUCUGGAAUUUAAAAGCCGUCACUAUAUCACAAGGAGUUAGGGACUACACUCCUACAUUUAUUAUUUUUAUUUUUAAUAUGUUUUUAUCAUUUCUAAAUUUAUAGGUGAUAAAGUGGAGUCCAGGUUUGAAUCUGAUCUGAUACUGUUUUUGUGUUAUUUUUGAAUAAAGGAUAAAUAAACAAUUUGUGACCAAAAUUUAAAAAUUAAUUUCAUUAAAAUAUUUUUAAAAACAUAUGUAUAUAUAUAUAUGUGUGUGUAUGUGUGUGUGUGUGGGUGUGUGUGUGUGGAUGUGUGUGUGUGUGUGCAUGCAUGCAUGUGUGUGUGUGCGUGUGUGUGCGCGUGUGUGUGUGCGUGGGUGUGCGUGAGUGUUGGUGUGUGUGCGUGUGUGUGCGUGUGUGUAUGUGUGUGUGUGUGUGUGCAUGUGUGUGCAUGUGUGCGUGGGUGUUGGUGU